CUACGAUAGGGGCGACCAACCAUCCUUAUCCUUCGAGAACUGUUUCAGAUGAGACUGUAAUCCCUCCCUUGCAGCAGGCUUGAGGUCAAUGAGACCAUAUUCGCGAGACGAUUUUGCGUAUUUGGUCCUGCUUGUACGUAGGGACGGGUAAAUCAAGGAGCUCAAGGGACUGGUGCUAGUCAAAAUGGUACUUGACGUACAUGCAAGAACCAGCCGCCCCGGCUGGUGCGCCAUAUUCACAGACAAUCAAGCCGCCAUCCAAGCGAUCUGGAACCCAAAGUGUCCAUCAGGGCAAUACAUCCUUGUGGAGACCAUACAAGCACUCGACGAACUCCGAAGCAAAGGGCGGGAAGUGUAGUUCCGCUGGAUCCCAGCACACGUCGGAGUGCCACGCAUGAAAUGGCAGACCAAGCAGCAAAAGAGGCUGCCGGCGUCAACCAAGAUACACAAGGACCCGCUCAACCGCCGCCAGAGCCAGAGUGCCUCCGGAUCCUCAUGGCGACCACGAAAUCCAUCAUCCGUCGAACGAUGAGGGGCGAAUGGGAUCUAUCCUGGGAGACCGCCAAGCAGGGCAGAGAUCUUUUCAAGCUCGGAGUGCGACCGGGCAAAUCGAAAAUCGAUACUCGACACGCACAUCGGAACGCACAGAGCUGUCAGCUCUGUGGUCACACAGAUGCGCACGAGCAUGAUCAGCCUCGAGUUCGAGACCGAGUGCAAACACGUGCGACAGAAGAUCGCGGACAUCAUCGACACACUCUCUUGCCGGAAGAACAACAAGCAGAUCAGCCACGCCGUCCUUGCCGGCGGCUCGUGCGGUGUCCCAUUCAUCAGGGAUCCGAUCGAGAAAACGUUUCCGGGUACCCACAUCGCCAACUCGAAGUGCAGUGCGGUCGUUGCGCGCGGCGCGGUACGCAUCGCGGCACGGCCGGACAUGAGAUCCAUCGGCGUCGAAGUUGUUCGCCUUGGCCACAGCCGCCCGUUCACGGAAGUGAUCAUGUCUCGCAACACUCAACUUCCUAGCAGCAAGGAGCACGAGCUCCAAACGGCCAGGGACGAUCAGCCCGUGAUCGAGUUCAAGAUUCUCGAAGGGGAAGGAGCGAAACUUUUCUCUCAACACGACGAUGGGCUGUUUCGAAAUUAGCGGCAUUCCGCCCUGCCGCCGUGGCACUCCCGUCACGGUCGAGGUGUCCAUUCUGGACCCGGGCGUCGUUGAAGUGAAGGCCACGGUUGGAGAUGGGACCUCAGGCAGGUCCAAAUCCCUUAACGUCAAUCAAAACCGACGCCUGGGAGACGCAGAGAUCAAGCGUCUG